ACAACGGGGGUGGGGGGAGCGGGUUGACGCUUUGCUCAUGCUUGUGUGUGGGAGGAGGGCUUUGAGGCCCUAAUGUUCAUUCUUUGGGUUCUUUCCCUCUGUUUCGAGGAUAUCCGCAAAGAGUAAGGAUUGCCAGUUGUAUACUGUGUAUGUUCUCUUGAUAUUAAAUUGAACCAUUGAACUGGUUUCAGUGACCAAAGAUAAGUCAUUAUAAUCGUAGUGUAGUGGAUCACUCACGUCGAGUAUGUUGUUCUCUUAAUGGAGAAUGCCUGUGCAUGGCUUUGUUUAACGAGGGGAGUCUGAUGCACGGGCAGCCACCACACGGUCCUUGACAGAUCAGGGUCAGUCAGGGUCCAGUGGCAUGGAAUUCAGGGGACCCUUCACUGCUGCAGCCUUCCUCCAUCUUCACUGCCGUUGUGAUACAUCAUUGUCUUCUGCCAGCUCCACCACUGAGGUCUUGGUUGGAAUUGCUCUUUCUCUGGAAUCUCCCCCUCGACCUUACCACCAUGGGUGACCCUACCAGGAGCAUAGCACCAGACGGCAUCACUCUCAGGAUCUCGGGAACCGACAAGCCCCUCCAUCAUGACAAGCCUUUGAAGUCUUCCAUCUAGCUGACACCAGGAGUCUGCAUAAUGGAUCAUGAAUCACAAUCAACAUACCAGCACGAUUACAAGAAGUUUUCUUCAAUGGCUGCUCGAAUGGCGAAAGAGAGUCCCAUCAGACCCAUGGCUGACAACCUGACCAUUCCAAAGAGCGACACCUGUGAAAAAUAUCCCACCACCUACCUGGAUGACUACAAACCACUGAAUAAGCGCACGAGACCUCGAAUAAUUGAGUUUCCACAUGUAAAGGUCAAGGAACAUUUCGAUACUGAGGUUCCAAACAUAGACCCGUGUAUCCCAACCACCUACAUGGAUCACUACCGAGGAAACUUGCCUCCCGUCAGGCCCUGCGUCGACUACUGCAGGCCUCACCGGAACGCGUACACAGCUUGCAUGGACCGCUUUAACUACCACUCCUGUGACCCGUGCGGGUAUCAGAUCUGCCCGCAAACCAGCUGCACCUAUGACACCAACAAGGCAGCGGAGGAUGCCCUUGCCUGCUACAGGUACAAGAAGUGUCUGGACAGCUUCUAUGGGCCAUCUCCGAUCGCACAGAAAGAGAAGUUUCCGCCUGAUGAGAUUGCACCAAACCCUUGCACGUUCACAGCUCCAAAUGUCCCAAUCGGUGCUGAUUACGUGAGGAAAACGUCUUCGAUGCCCCGGAUUCCCGAGGGGGGCAUUCACAAGAAACUGGAACAGUGCACUGUCUUCCCAGCAGCACAAGUAAGCCAAUUGUCUGGUUUCCCUUCUCAUAAGGUCGACAGCCGGUACUGUCACUAUCCUGGUGUGGUCGCUAAUCCAUGUGACCCUUACAUGCGUACACCUCAUCAAAAGGAGUACAGUUACAGCUGCAAUAGGCUGGAAAGAACAAGCUAA